AUGACAGAAAAUAGUGUUUUGCUUAGUCUCAAACAGAGACACAUGUGGGGCGGAGUACUACAUCAUUCCAAUUCUCAUUACGAUGCAGCAAAUAGUGCAUUGGAGCUGAUGAGAAUUAAUAUUCAGGAGCACUUUAGCAAGGAAGUCCUGGGAAUUUUGGCUAAAUUCCGGGAAAAAUAUUUUAUGCCGGCAAUGAAGAAUAUCAAGGAGAAUCUUGGAGAGCAUUCAGUCACCGAAGAACAGAUUCACAGGGUCUGUGUGGCUCUUUUGAGUGGAGCCAGGGAUUUUUUGGAGACAAAAUGGGCUGAAGAAGAAGAAAGUAUUCAGGGAGAUGUAACACCAACCACUGAUGCUCCGGCAAAAGUAUCAGGAUCAAAAGGAAUUUUAAGGAAAAGAAAAGAGGCGGAAGUUGAACCCUUAGUAAUGUCAAAAGGACAAAAUUCAUUUCCUGACGUUCCCCUCCUCUCAGUGUUACGUUCACAAAAAAUGCCCAAAAUUGAGAUGAAUUUUGUGUUGGAAAUUAAUGCCAGUAAAGUAUUCGAUAGAGACCGAAUCCUGACAAAACAUCCCGAAUUAACGUAUUACCAACCAGAUUAUCAGGAUCGAGAAUGGUUGGUAGGUCAGAAGAUUAUUCCCAAUAGAAAUGCCCCGGCUACUUUAUUGCUCCAUGAGGAACUUUUGAAACUCGCUGAGAUACGUCUUGAGUACAAAAAUUCAGUUAAGGUCAGUGAAUUGCAGACUUUUCGUCUUCCAGAAUUUAUUAUUAAGAAAUUUGAGAAAUUCACUCUUGGCACCCUGGAAGCAUCAUCAAAUCAACAUUUGAAAACCAGAAGUUCUCUUAGUUCCUCACAUGCUACUCUAUCUGCCCUUCUGGCCAAACAAACUGAUUUAAUUAAUGAAACUUAG